AUGCUUCUGCAGGAAUCGCGAUACCACGUCGGGGCCAAAAGUGAACGACACACCUCUGUCGUUCUCGCUCCACCCUGUGAUGUCCUUGUCUGGAUCCGACCACAGCAGGUCGCAGAGCAAUCCCACAUCUGGGAUAUCGGUAGGUCUCAUCACCCUUCUAAUCUGCUCCAUUGUGUUGAGAUCAGGACUGAGUCCUCCAUGCAUGGUAAAGAUCUUUUCGUCGAUGAUGGCAGCAAUCGGCAGACAGUUGAAACAAUCAGUAAACGUCUUCCACAGCUUGAUAUUGUAGCGCCUUUUGCACUCGUCAUAGAAUCCGUAUAUUCUGUUGAUGGAGGCACACUCGUGGUUACCUCUCAGGAUGAAGAAAUUCUCAGGAUACUUGAUCUUGUACGCGAGCAGCAGACAGAUUGUCUCCAGAGACUGCUUGCCCCUAUCAACGUAAUCACCCAAAAAGAGAUAGUUUGCUUCGGGAGGAAAGGCUCCGUACUCAAAUAG